AUGUGUCGUCGAGAAUAUUAGCAGAGUUUUAUUCCAGUGAUCAAUCAUGAACUUGCAGCCGCAAUUGAAAAUUAGAACAAAUAGAAAUUUUAGGAUAGAAGAUAAGAGCUAAUAAAAGUGGAAUUACCAAAAGAUAACAAUAAGAUUUAAAUUAAAUUUUCAUUCGGCAACGAGCAUAUCAUGCUUCAAAAUUCUGAGAGAUUUAAAAGUGAAUAUAAUGCAAAUGAGAUUGUGGAGAAUAAACAUAAGUGGAAAGUUUUUAUAAGAAUUGUUAGAUCAAGAGAAGAUAAGGCUAUUUUAAAAGCUAGUUAGUUUAUAGAAAAGGUUGUCUUCACACUAGACCCUUCAUUUAUAGAAGAUGAAAUUGAAAUUAAAAAAGAACCGUUUGAAUUGAGUAAAAUUGGGUGGGGAACAUUUGACAUUCCAAUAGAAAUAUUUUUCAAAAAAGAAACUGGUAAAACAGAUACAGUAUCUCUAAACCAUCUAUUGAAUUUCGAUGGAAAUGGAGAGACAAAAUAUUUUACUGUUGCUUUUGACAAACUAAAAGUAAAAAAAUUGAGUGAGAAGAAAAAAGUAUUUCAUUGA